GGUGAAAUGGAGAGGUAGGACAAGACGUGGUGGGAGCAGCACAAAUAUAGGCAGGGAGACACAUGAAGGCCCAGACUGAGUUAACAAAUCUCACUUUUCUAUGUUUGGUAUUCUAAAUUCAACCUUCUUCUGUUGAUGCAUCUUUCUCUGAACAUCUUCAAUCUGCAACACCCACCACCAACCACUGUUUCUCCUCUUCCUAUUCACUUUCAAUCCAAGGAGCUUGGGAGCUAACUCUUGCUCCUUCUUCUCCCUGCUCAUAAGGCACCAAAGGCACCAUUUGUCAAGCAAGCCUGCUUUAAUUUAUUGAUUGGCAAUGGGAGGUGCAUUAGGAAAGAGUGAAUCACCCAGAAAGGCUUGGAUACCAGAAACAAAGCUUGAGGCUAAAAUGGUUGAAGCAAUGCAGCGGAGGGAAUCUCAAGGAAGUUCAGUGAAAUCAUUCAACACUAUAAUCUUGAAAUUCCCAAAAAUUGAUGAGAGUCUUAGAAAAUGCAAAGCCAUAUUUGAGCAGUUUGACGAGGAUUCCAAUGGGAUAAUAGAUCAGGAGGAGUUGAAAAAGUGUUUCAGUAAGCUGCAAAUUUCUUUUACUGAGGAGGAGAUCAAUGAUCUUUUUGAAGCAUGCGAUAUUAAUGAAGAUAUGGGAAUGAAGUUCAGUGAGUUUAUUGUACUACUCUGCCUUGUCUACCUUCUCAAGGAUGACCCUGCAGCACUUCAUGCAAAAUCACGAAUUGGGAUGCCUAAUCUGGAGGCCACAUUUGAGACUUUGGUUGAUACCUUUGUAUUCUUAGACAAGAAUAAAGAUGGAUAUGUCAGCAAAAGUGAGAUGGUCCAGGCUAUAAAUGAAACUACAUCAGGGGAGCGUUCUUCUGGAAGAAUAGCUAUGAAAAGAUUUGAAGAAAUGGAUUGGGAUAAAAAUGGAAUGGUGAACUUCAAGGAGUUCCUUUUUGCUUUUACACGUUGGGUUGGAAUUGAUGACGUUGAGGAUGAGGAAAUUUCAGAGGCCUGAAUCACGUCAUCUAAAUAUCUUUGACUGCCUCUUCAGCCCAAGCAAAAAGGCUUUUCCGGUUUUCACUUGCAAUAAAGGCCAAGUUGCUACACGUUGAAUUUUAAUGAACUUGUCAUUUCUGAAGUUCACUAUGUAAAUAGUAAGUGUAGAACUAAGUGUCGUAUCGAAAAUAUAUUCAAAUUUCCUUGUUAAAUGCUACUAUAGUGAUUGUAUUGGGUAAGUGUAGAACUUAGGGCUAUAUUGAAGAUAUAUUGAAAUUUACUUGUCAAAUACUAUAGUGAUUGUAUUUACUUUUCCUC